AUGGUGGCUACUGAUUAUUUCACAAAGUGGACAAAAGCUAUUCCAUUAAAAAGUGUGGCUAAAAAACAAGUGAUUGAUUUCUUAGAGGAAUAUAUUUUCUGUCGAUUUGGUAUUCCUAAAACGAUUACGGUUGACCAAGCAUCUGUAUUUAAUGGUCAAGAAGUAAUGGCUUAUGCUAGUUCAUUUGGAGUCAAAAUUUUAAACUCUUCUCCUUAUUAUGCCCAGGCAAAUGGGCAAGUGGAAUCUACUAAUAAAAUUAUUAAGAACACCUUAUCCAAAAUGAUUACUAAUAAUCCUAGAGAAUGGCAUGAGUUGUUGCCAAAAGUUUUAUGGGCUUACAGAAUGUCAAAAAGGGAUAGUACAAAAGCUACAUCAUAUGAAUUGGUAUAUGGACAAGCUGCAGUUUUGCCCAUUGAAAUUAAUGUUGCUUCUCACAGAAUUGCUAGGCAUUAUGAUCCAUGUAAUUUUGAUUUUGAAGAAGCAAUGUAUAGAGAGUUAGAUGGACUGGAAGAGUCCAGAAUUGAUGCUUUAAACAACAUACAAGCACAGAAGAAAAAACUAGAAAGAAUUUACAAUAAAAGAAUUCAAGAAAAAUCAUUUGCAGAGGGUGAUUUAGUAUGGAAGGCAAUUUUGCCAUUAGACAAGAAAAAGAAAGGAAAAUUUGGCAAAUGGUCUCCAAAUUGGGAGGGACCCUUUCGUGUAUUAAAAGUUUUAAGAGGUGGGGCUUAUCAACUGGAGUCAGUCCUUGGAGUUGCACAUGGGAGAACGAUUAAUGGGAAAUACUUGAAAACAUACUUUCCAUCCCCUUGGGAAUCAAUCGAUGCAUGA